AAUCUGUUUAGACAAUCUCAUGGAUGAAAAUGAGAAAGACAGGGCAAAGAGGGCAUCACGUAACAAGUCUGAAAAGAAGAGACGUGACCAAUUCAACAUUCUCAUCAAAGAGCUCAGCUCCAUGCUUCCAGGCAACAGCCGUAAAAUGGACAAAACUACAGUGCUUGAAAAAGUCAUUGGCUUUCUGCAGAAACACAAUGAAGUCUCAGCACAGACAGACAUUUGUGAAAUUCACCAAGACUGGAAGCCUUCGUUUCUCAGCAAUGAAGAGUUCACCCAGCUGAUGUUGGAGGCAUUAGAUGGCUUCGUUAUAGCAGUAACCACAGAUGGAAGUAUCAUAUAUGCUUCUGAUAGUAUUACACCUCUGCUUGGACAUUUACCUUGUGAUGUCAUGGAUCAAAAUUUGUUAAAUUUCCUCCCAGAACAAGAACAUUCAGAAGUUUAUAAAAUAUUAUCUUCUCAUACGCUUUUGGCAGAUUCUGCCUCACCAGAUUACCUAAAGACUGACAAUGAUUUAGAGUUUUACUGUCAUCUUCUGAGAGGAAGUUUGAACCUGAAGGAAUUUCCAACAUAUGAAUACAUAAAAUUUGUAGGAAAUUUUCGGUCUUACAGCAAUGUGCCUACUUCCACUUGUAACUGCUUUGAUGGUGCUGUCCCUCGGGCUUAUAGAACAUCACUAGGAAAACAAGUCUGUUUUGUUGCUACUGUUCGACUGGCAACACCUCAGUUUUUAAAGGAAAUGUGUAUCGUCGAAGAACCUUUAGAGGAAUUCACUUCAAGACAUAGUCUGGAAUGGAAAUUUUUAUUUCUGGACCACAGAGCACCGCCUAUUAUAGGAUACUUGCCUUUCGAAGUAUUGGGGACUUCUGGCUAUGAUUAUUACCACAUCGAUGACCUAGAACUCUUAGCAAGAUGCCAUGAACACUUGAUGCAGUUUGGCAAGGGAAAGUCUUGUUGUUACCGGUUUCUGACCAAAGGACAGCAAUGGAUCUGGCUGCAGACCCAUUACUAUAUCACCUACCAUCAGUGGAACUCCAAGCCAGAAUUUAUUGUAUGCACCCACACUGUAGUAAGUUAUGCAGAUGUUCGAGUGGAAAGGAGACAAGAAAUGGCCUUGGAAGACGCACCUUCAGAAAUUGUUUCUUCAGCACUAAAGGACAGUGAUUUAAGCCUGGAUCCUGAACCGCACUUUAAUGCGCUUGAAAUAGGUGCCUCAGUUCUGAACACUAAUCGGACCCCCUCUGUAUCAUCUAGAAGCUCACACAAAUCUUCCAACACACCCAUAUCUGACACUGCAUCCACGCCAAUCACAGAGUCCAGUGGAAUUCGCUCUUUGCAAAGAACAACCAGCAUACCUCAGGAUUCAUCCAUGCAAAGACUCAGUCAAACUGCCACUCUUCAGGCGUCUUUGCCUUCUCAGCCAUCAUGUGAGCUUCUCCCACAGCAGCUGCUGCCCCAAGCAGCUUUGCAAAAUCAGCCUACAUCUAUGGCACAGUUCUCAGCACAAUUUAACAUGUUCCAGACCAUCAAGGAACAGUUGGAGCAGCGAACUCGGAUGUUGCAGGCCAACAUUCGGUGGCAGCAGGAAGAGCUCCAUAAAAUACAGGAACAGCUCUGCUUGGUCCAGGAUUCCAGUAUACAGAUGUUUUUACAGCAGCCAACAGUGUCCCUGAGCUUUAGCAAUGUACAGCAGCCAGAUUCUCAGCAGCUACAGCAGAGGUCAAGGGUCAUUUCUCAGCAGCAGCUUAUCCCCAGUCCUCAACCUCAAGGGCAAAUUGCAUCUUCCCAACCAGCAAACCAGCAAAUAUUAAGAGAAGCAAAUGUGGUAUCAAGCCAGGCUGUGAACAUGGCUCCAUCUGCUGCUGUAGCACAGGAUAGCAGCCAGUGUCAUUCAAGUCCAGAUUUCAGCCAGGACCGACAACUGAGACUGUUGCUCAGCCAACCUAUUCAGCCAAUGAUGCCUGGUUCCUGUAAUUCAAGACUUGCUUCAGAGAUCAGCAUGGCUGGAUGCCAGGCUAAAUAUUCUCAGAAUCAACGACUAUUUCAAAGUCUAGAACUGCAAACUUCCAGCAGCAGUUCACCAAUUGUGCUGAUGGGACAAGCAGUACUACAUCCAGGAUUUUCUGCAUCACAGACUUCUCAGACAUCAUCUCUGCAGCCUAUGCAACUCCAGCAGCAUCAGCAGCAUUGCUACCUUCAGUUGCAGACACCAAGUUCUUUACACAGUGAGCUACCAGAUUCUUUGUUCCUGCAGUCCUACUCUCAACAGCAAGGAAAUAUAGGAUACCAUCAUACGCAACAGCAGCCUCUGCCACUUGCUUCAAGAAGAACCAGUAGCUUGUCAGAAUCAUCAGAUCUACCACAGCCACUAUGAUAGAGUCCCACACCACCACAACUGAUGCACGAUUAGCUAUAACAAAUAGACCCAUGGGGUAGGAGAAAAGAAAUUACUUUGAACCCGCAAUUUGACUUUUGCACAUGCAUUCAUUUCAAAGCUCCAUGGCAGUAGAAGACCAGAGUGUGGACUCCAGCAGACAGUGCAACAGAGAAGCUUUUGGAUUCAGUUUGCACUGUUUCACGACAAUAUUAUAUAUAAUCAGGCUGAGUAAAAUAAAUACAAAUGCUAUCCUGUGCAAACUCCAUCACUGAUUGCUGUGCAGUAGGAAAACGUUCUUGUUGGUACAUAUUUUGGAGAACACUCUGUGUUUCCUUAUGUCUGUGGAUAAGACAAGUGAGGUACUUGGCCGACACUGUUUCAGUUCAUAUUUUAUGUAAGAAAAGCACUGGGACAAAAAUAUAUAGAGGAAAGAACAAAUUAUUUUUAUUAUGAUUAUUAUUGUUGUUUUGCACAACUGCACAUUCGAUAUAACCGAGGCACUUUCUAUAAAGAGAAGUUUGUUUCACUAUUCUGGUGGCCAGACUAAUACAUCAUUAUACAGAAACCCCAGUCAUAGUUUAAAAUGAUGUACAAUCCAUACCCCUUGAUAUAUAAACUGAAUCCUGAAAGUAUUCUGCAGUUUACUCUUUCUGCUCUUUUUGACUAAAAACAAAAAAACACUGGACUGUUUCCUGUUUAUUCUGUGAAUUGUGAUUGCAAAGGAAAACUAAAAAUAUAAGCACAAUCAUGCAGCUAUAUUAUUCCAGAAUUUCAGUAGACUCAUAAUAUAAAAUGGGUCCUUUUGCAAAAUGAACAGCCCACUUAACAGCUGUUCAUAGCAACAAGUAUCUGAAGAAUAUGCACUGUGUUUUGGCCCAUUGACUGGGGAUGCUGCAAAUUAUUCUCACAUAUCUUUUUCAUGAUAACAUUUGAAUUUUCCUUUAAAAAUGCACUUUUCGCUUUUUUGUAUAUUUUAUGUUUCUAAAAAAGAUUUUAUGUAACUAUAAAAUAAAAAGUAGUGUAUUGUACAGCUGUUGUAAUAAUGACCUAUUUCUAUAUAAAAUAAAAUUAUAUGGAAUUAUGUGGAAAUUAUUUUGUAUAUGAAAUAUCAACUCAUUUGACAAAUAUAAAGACUUCUCUUCUGUUUUAUUUAUUUUUAUGAGUGGAUAUUUAGUAAUAAAUUAAUGAAUAAGUAACAUUUUUGUGAAGGGAGCUGCUGUCUCAUACUAGAUACAUACUCAAAU